AUCCUUAUUAUAUAAUGAUUCGUCACAAUUUAAUUUUAUAUGUAUCUAACUUAAAAAGUGAUAAGUUAUUGUAAUUCUAAAAAAAAAACAGUGAUAAGUUAGUAAAAAUAAAGAUGAGAAAGAAGUUUAAAUACGCACCCAAUAAUCUUGGAUUCCUCCGUGUCACAAUUCGAAUUAAAGCUUUGUUUCUCCACUACUUCCUUUUCCUUCCGAUGAAGACUGUCCCAAAGUUCACAAUUAUCCACCCCUACAAGACCGUCGGCGGCGGCGAUCACCGCUUUCGGAUCGCCGCUCUCGCACUCUUCCUCGUCUUCGCUUUCACCUUCUUUCUCAAUCUCAUCGCCACGAGAGACGCCGCCGCGGCCCAAUCUCAGCUACCCGAAGCAAUCGCCGACGCGCUCCUCUACUACGCUUCCGCCAACAUCACGUCCAGGAUGUCCCCCGCCGAAAUGGAGUCCGUCGCGUCCGUCCUCCGCCGGUGCGCCGCCCCGUGCAACCUCCUCGUCUUCGGCCUCACGCACGAGACUCUCCUCUGGAACGCGCUCAAUCACGGCGGGCGCACCGUCUUCGUCGACGAGCACUCCUUCUCUGUGACCAGGAUCGAGGAGCAGCAUCCGUCGAUCGAGGCCUACGACGUGCGAUUCACCACCAAAGUCCGCGAAUUGCGCGAUCUGAUCGAGAACUUCGAGAGAGAGAUCGAGGAAGAGUGCCGGCCGGUGCAAAACCUACUCUUCUCCGACUGCAGUCUGGCGGUCAACGACCUGCCAAACUACAUGUACGACGUCGCUUGGGACGUGAUCGUGAUCGACGGUCCGUCGGGAUACUCGUCGGAGUCGCCCGGGAGGAUGGCGUCGAUAUUCACCGCGGGAGUUAUGGCGAGGAGUAGAAACGGCGGCGGUGGGACGCAUGUGUUUGUACAUGAGAUGCAGAGGCAGGUGGAGAGCGUGUGCACCGAUUUGUUUCUUUGCCGCGAAAAUUUGGUGGAGAGAGUAGAUUUGUUGGGCCAUUUUCUAGUUCGGAAAAUGGGCGGCCCUACAAAUACUUUUGGAUUUUGCUCCCAUCCAUCCCUUUCCACUAACUUAAUUUGAUGCAACUGCUCUAUUUUUAUAUCACUAUUGUAUUUGUAUGUAACACACACACAUAUGGAGAUUGGAGAUUACUUAAUU